AUGACGGAUCUUGUCCACAUCCUCCCUUCCUUCCCCCUUUCUGCCUUUGCUGCUCUCAUUCCUACCAUCGAACGACACGCCCUCACAACUACCGAUCUUCUCACAACCCACCCCACUGAUCUCGCCAAGCGAACUCAACUACCAAUUAUUGACCUUCGCCGGUUUCUUGCUGCUAUACAAGCCUCAUUAUCAGACGAUCUCACUCCCAGCAGGCCACUCGCACCACCACCAUCUUCUCCCUCACCGCCAGAGAACCAGGAAGAACAAGAGGAUGAGAAGGAACCAAAGAACCAGGAGAGCCAGGAGGAGCAAGAGAAACAGCCACGCCCACUUACAUCUGUCACCUCAGAUGAAUUCAUCAGCACCCUCGACGAUGGACUAGACGCAGCUCUCGGAGGCGGUGUGCCCGUUGGCCACAUCACAGAGUUCACCGGAGAAAGCGGCGUGGGCAAGACGCAAUUCCUCCUCUCAUUAUGCCUAGCCGUGCAACUCCCCCCUCCCCACGGCCUAGGCAAACAGGCCCUUUAUAUUUCCACCGAGUCUGGACUUACAACUAGGCGUCUGGCCCAGAUGCUUCAAGGAAAUACAAUCUUACGAGAGGCUGCCGAAUCAGGAACCCCAGCAUCGUUGGACGGCAUCCACAGCGCUGUGACUCCUGACCUAGAAACUCAGGACCACAUCUUGGAGUAUCAAGUGCCGGUCCUGCUAUCAAGACAUGAGAUUGGAAUCCUCAUCAUCGAUUCCGUUGCUGCCAAUUUUCGCGCCGAAUUUGAGCGUCAGGGCUCCCAUGGCUCUAACAUGGCCACCCGGAGUGCUGAGCUCACUCGUCUAGGUGCCCUCCUCCGCGACCUUGCUCGAAGACACAACAUCGCCGUCGUUGUAGCAAACCAAGUCGCCGACCGGUUUGCCUCAUCUACCACCCCCUCUACUAUUCCACGCAGCCUUGCCAUGAGAGGCAACUUGUCGCCAUCGCAUCAAGAAAGCCCCCUAGCCUCGCGGAGCAUGCCCCCUCCAUCAACCAUACCAAACCUCUCCAGCACGCCUUCAUCGUCGAUGCCAUUCUCAUUCUUUCCAGACGACGAACCAGCUACAUCUCCUGCCCUCGCGCUAGAUCACCAGCAGCGCUGGUUCACCGGCUGGGGCGACGACCCGCGUAGCUCCAGCUCCCUCAAGACGCCGAGCCUGGGGCUUGUCUGGUCCACUCAGAUAUCCUGCCGCGUAGCUCUCUACAAGCGGCCUGUGUACGGCCGCCCUACGAGGGUCGCUGCCCCCAUCACCGCAGACGAUGAUUUUGAUGCAAUGUCGCCGACGCUCAAGACUUGGAGAAGAUGGAUGAAAGUGGUGUUUGCGCCGCACGUGGCUGCUUCGGGACAGGGUAUUGAAAAUGCGACGGAAUAUGAAGUGACAAUGGAAGGACUAAAAUCUGUAAAAAAAGAUAAAGUGAAGUAA